AUGGUCGAGCAACUUCAGGCGACGUCGAUCACUGGCAUACUCAUGUGCAAUGGAUCUCGACCUGGGAAAGAGGCAGCACUCUGUGUGGGCACAAUCGAACUUGGUGGCAGCGCACUUCUCAGGCGCGAGUGUGUCUCGAGCAUGUGCGCUGACGUUGCAAGAAGGCGGUCGAUCAGGCGCGGUAAUGCAAGAAUCAAGGGCCCCGGGCCUGCGUGCGCCCGCUCCCCAGAUGCUAUGCUCUUCCGCCUGUUCCCCGGGCAUCCUUUGGAAUCGUCGUUGGUCCAACCAAAGGGUAUGCUGCCCCUUGGAUCGGUACCUGUCGAGCCGGUCGAGCCUGUGCGUAGAGAAAGUGGGCAGGAACUAAGAUUCGGCGCUAGGCGGUCAAACCUGGUGCAGCUCAUCUUGGCAAGUGGACGCAGUGCCUGGAUUUGUCGCCGUGGUGCCGGGUCUUCUAGCAGGGCGCCUGACUGCCUCCGAGGUGGUGCUGGUGCUGCUGGUGCUGCUGCGACACGUCAUGUUACCAGCAAGAUGAGACGCUUUCGUGGUUGCUGGCUGAGAGACUUGGUGCUGCUUAUGAUUUGA